GCUUUGGUAGUUUUAUAAUAGUCCUUGCCUUUUUUUUUCUUUUGCCUAGUCAAGGGUAUAUUUGCCUGAGGUCAGAGUGAUGCUGUUAGUGCCGGUGAUGGUGAUGAUUGCUUAGUAACGCAAAGCAGCUCUGAAAGAAGAGGAGGAGAACGAGAAGGAGGGCAGAGGGGUGGGAGAAUCAGAGCCAGCGUGAGACUGUGCAUACAGCAGCUGUCAGCAUUCCUGUUUCAGGGACUUCUUUGCUGAUUCACAGAGGCAGCCCAGUCAGGCCUCUCAGCUCCCAAUUGCUUCCUGUUUGCCAGACCUCACGGAAUCAAAAGGUGCUUAUUCUCAACCGUUGGUGUGAUUCUUAUCCUUACUCGCCGAUGAACUUUGGUUCUGAUGCAACCUAUGGUCAUGCAGGGAUGCCCUUAUACUCUCCCACGAUGUCAUGAAUGGCGAGGAGCUAGUCAAUUCUGUCACAGCAGGAGCCUACGAAACACCUGCCCUCAACCUCAGGUUAGAGCUGCUGUAACUGCCCCUAAACCUUCUCAAGAUGGUUCUGGGGUUCCCUGCCUAAGCCCAAAGCUAUUCAGAGUGUCCGUUGGUGCAGCUGGACCUCUGGAGCCACCAAGCAUGAAUCUGUGUUGGAAUGAAAUAAAAAAGAAGUCUCAAAACCUCCGUGCUCGCCUAGAGGCCUUCUCAGACCACAGUGGAAAGCUUCAGCUCCCGCUCCAGGAGAUUAUUGACUGGCUCAGCCAAAAGGAUGAAGAAUUAUCAGCUCAGCUUCCCCUACAAGGGGAUGUGGUACUGGUACAACAGGAGAAGGAAAUUCAUGCGGCUUUCAUGGAAGAUGUCAAGUCUCGGGGUCCCUAUAUUUACUCUGUGUUGGAGUCAGCUCAGACAUUCCUGUCCCAGCAUCCAUUUGAGAUAUUGGAGGAAUCUCAUUCUGAGAGCAAAGAUACCUCUCCCAGAAAGCGGAUACAUAAUCUUAGCUGCUUUGUGUGGAAGCAGGCAACAGUGGCUAGUGAACUAUGGGAGAAGCUGACAGCCCGCUGUGUAGACCAACAUCGCCACAUUGAGCGCACCCUCGAGCAACUGUUGGAGAUCCAAAGAGCAAUGGAAGAAUUAAGAUCUACUCUAUCUCAGACUGAGGAAGUGAGAGGAACUUGGGAGCCCAUUGGGGAUCUCUUUAUAGAUUCUCUCCCUGAGCACAUUCAGGCUGUUAAGCUAUUCAAAGAAGAAUUAUCUCCCAUAAAAGAUGGAGUGAAGCUAGUGAAUGAUUUGGCCCAUCACCUUGCCAUUUCUGAUGUGCACUUAUCAAUGGAAAAUUCCCAGGCCCUGGAACAGAUCAACAUCCAAUGGAAACAGCUGCAGGUGUCAGUUGCUGAGAGACUCAAACAGCUCCAAGAUGCUCACCGGGACUUUGGGCCUGGGUCACAGCACUUCCUCUCCUCUUCUGUUCAGGUUCCCUGGGAAAGAGCAAUUUCACCCAAUAAAGUCCCCUACUACAUCAACCAUCAGGCUCAGACCACAUGCUGGGACCAUCCCAAGAUGACCGAGUUAUACCAAACCCUAGCUGAUCUGAACAACAUUAAGUUCUCAGCUUACCGCACUGCCAUGAAGCUACGUAGAGUCCAGAAGGCACUGCGCUUGGAUCUGGUAACUUUAACUACAGCCCUGGAGAUCUUUAGUGAGCAUGAUCUUCAGACCAGUGAGCAUGUAAUGGAUGUGGUAGAGAUUAUUCAUUGUCUGACUGCUUUAUAUGAACGACUAGAAGAGGAAAGAGGCAUCCUGGUCAAUGUACCACUCUGUGUGGACAUGAGCCUCAACUGGCUUCUCAAUGUUUUUGACAGUGGCCGCAGUGGAAAGAUGCGAGCAUUGUCCUUUAAGACUGGCAUUGCAUGUUUGUGUGGUACAGAAGUGAAAGAAAAGCUAGAGUACCUCUUCAGCCAAGUAGCCAACUCAGGCAGCCAAUGUGACCAACACCAUCUUGGUGUCCUGCUUCAUGAGGCCAUUCAGGUGCCCCGACAGCUGGGAGAAGUGGCAGCCUUUGGGGGCAGCAAUGUGGAGCCCAGUGUCCGCAGUUGCUUCCGUUUUAGUACUGGGAAGUCAGUCAUUGAUGCAUCACAGUUCCUGGAGUGGGUCAACUUGGAGCCCCAGUCCAUGGUGUGGCUGGCUGUUCUACAUCGGGUCACCAUUGCUGAGCAAGUGAAACAUCAGACCAAAUGCUCUAUCUGCAGGCAGUGCCCCAUUAAGGGUUUCAGGUAUCGAAGUUUGAAACAAUUUAACGUGGAUAUCUGCCAGACCUGCUUCUUGACAGGCCGCUCCAGCAAAGGAAACAAGCUGCACUAUCCCAUAAUGGAGUAUUAUGCCCCGACUACAUCCAGUGAGAAUAUGAGGGAUUUUGCCACAACCUUAAAGAACAAAUUCCGCUCGAAGCAUUAUUUCAGCAAACACCCUCAGCGAGGCUAUCUGCCUGUGCAAUCAGUGCUAGAGGCCAACUACAACGAGACGCCAGCUUCUUCUCCGAUGUUACCGCAUGCUGACACACACUCCCGCAUUGAGCAUUUUGCCAGCAGACUUGCUGAGAUGGAAAUUCAGAAUUGCUCCUUUUUUAAUGACAGCCUGUCCCCAGAUGACAGCAUAGACGAGGACCAGUACCUGCUGCGGCACUCCAGCCCUAUUACAGACCGGGAGCCAGUCUUUGGACAGGAAGUUACAUGUGGUAUGGCCACAAAAAACAGGAGGGAGCCUGAGAAUAUCCUGGCCCACUUAGAGGAUGAGAACCGGAUUCUACAAGGAGAGCUAAGGCGCCUGAAGUGGCAAUAUGAGGAGGCUGCUGAGGCCCCUACAUUGGCUGAGGGCUCUGCUGAUAUGGCACAAGACCCCCGCAAUGAGGAACUUCUGGCAGAAGCCCGAAUCCUUCGGCAGCACAAGAGCCGCCUGGAGACACGCAUGCAGAUCCUAGAAGACCACAACAAGCAACUAGAGUCCCAGUUGCAGCGCUUAAGAGAGCUUCUUCUGCAGCCACCCACCGAAUCAGAAGGCAAUGGCUCUCCAGGAUCAUCACUAAUGUUCCCUCCACAGCAGUCAGAAUGCAGUCACCCCCAGGAGAAAGGACAGACUACUCCAGACACAGAGGCUGCAGAUGAUGUAGGUUCAAAGAGUCAAGACGUCAGCCUGUGCUUGGAGGACAUCAUGGAGAAGCUCCGCCAUGCCUUUCCCAGUGUGCAAAGCUCUGAUGUGACUGCCAACACCCUGCUAGCUUCUUGACCAAGCCAGCCCCGCAUCUUAUAUCCCACCAUGCUCUUCCCCUUUCUUAUCAAAUCCUUUUCUCAGUUCUGCCAAUAUUUCCAUUCCCUAUUGGCCCAAAAUUCCUCAUACAAAAUAUUUGAGUUCUCUAAAGCAGAGAUCUGAUGAGACCUGAAGUAGAUGAGUGGGGGCUGAAAGUGGGAGAGAAAUGCUUUCCUCUAUUUCUAAAAAUCAGUGCCCAUUAAUAAUAUUCAACUUUGAAUCUAGCCCCUUUCACACACUUCUGUGGCAAUCCAGACAAAUGUCACUUCAGAUGGGGAAACAGAUAAGCUGCCUUGCAGAAUGUAGCAGUACCCAUUUGGUAUAUCUCUCUUAAUGAAUUAUGGAUAAUGAAUCUCAUGAAUUAUGGAGAUGGGGAACCCUAAUGUCUUCAGAGUUGAAGCAUUAACCACAGGAGUUAGCCUGCUCUGGCCCAAGUCAAGAAGGCAUGAUGGUGUUUCCUAGACACCCCCCCACUCUCUAAGAAUGAUCCUAAAAAGUAUGUAAUUACUUCAGCUCCAGGGUAUACAUCAAACCAUACUAAAAUACCUGGGUAUUCACCUCUUAAAUAGCUUCAGUUCUUUCUGCCUUGGGGGACCUUUCUCAAGAGAAAA